GGGGUGUUGUUUCCGCGGGUGCUGCCGGGGCCGCUCUGGGCCCUCCGCGGCGCACGUGGGUAACGGCGGCGGGGACCGUCGUUCCCGUUCCAGGUCGCUGAGCCGGCCGUCGUUCCCGUUCCCGGCCCGGGCAGGCCCCGCGGCCGCCGGGCCAUGUUCGCGGAGGCGGAGUGGAACGAUGGGGCGGAGGGUCCCGCCCGGGCCCGGUCGGGGCCCCGCGGUGUCCCCGAGGGCCCGGGCCGCCCGGCCCCCGCGGCAGCGGCGGGGAAGCGGCGGCGGCGGCGGCUACCGGGGGACUGCGCGGCCGAGCCCGGCCGGGACGGCGAGCCCGCGCGGAAGCGGCCCGGCGAGCGGAGGCAGGCCGCCAGGCGCCGGGCUGCGGCGGAGGACGGGGGCCCGGCCGGCUCCGGGGAGCCCCGGGCGGAGCGGGAGGCGCAGCAGAGCGGGCAGUGCCCGGACAGAGGUACCACCGCCCGCCCCGCUCGGCGGCAGCGCCAGGGCGCCGGGGCCAGGCCGGGCAUGCUGGGGGGCCCUGGUCGGGGGCCGCCCGCCGCCGCCCUGACUUCCCACUUGGUCCCCCCAGACGCGUCGGCUGAGCUGCCCGGGGCGCUGGGGACGGGGGCUGCGGGCGGGGAGCCGGCGGGGAGGCUGAGCCGGCGGCGGCACAGGAACAAGCAGAAGAACCAGCGGCGCCAGCAGGACGAGCCGCGGGCGGGCCCCGGCGGGGAGCAGGGCGCGGGACCGGGCGUCCCGGAGCCGCCCGGCCUGGGAGCGGCUCCUUCGGGACGGUCGGCAGCCCUGCGUGCACGGAUGGAGGAACGGCUCCUGGCUGCCCGGUUCCGGUACAUCAACCAGCAGCUCUACACGUCUACCAGCCGGGAGGCAGCACAGCUCUUCCAGACCGACCCCGAAGCGUUCGAGAUCUACCACCGCGGCUUUGCUCAGCAAGUGGGGCGCUGGCCGGAGAACCCCGUCCAUCGCAUCAUCCGCUACCUGCGGCGGCGGCCAGCCUCGCUGGUGGUGGCGGAUUUUGGGUGCGGUGACUGCAAGAUUGCGAGCAGCGUCAGGAACAAGGUUCACUCCUUCGACCUGGUACCUCUGAGUCCGCUGGUCACCGUCUGCGACAUGGCCAAGAGUGUCCUGGUUGGUGUCUGGCAGGUGCCUUUGGUAGACGAGUCAGUGGACAUCGCGGUGUUCUGCCUGGCGCUGAUGGGCACCAACCUGCAGGAGAUCCUGGAAGAGGCCAACCGCGUGCUGAAGCAGGGGGGCACCCUGAUGGUGGCUGAGGUGGCCAGCCGCUUUGAGGACAUCCGAGCCUUUGUGAAUGCCAUGGCUCAGCUGGGCUUCAAAAGUGUCUCCAAGGAACUGAAGGGCUUCAACUCACUUGAUGAUCUUCUCCAUGUCAAGGGCAUCACCACCCGCAUCUUGGAGCUGAACAGUCAGCGGAUGACUUGCAGGAGGAGGCCAAGCAGUGAGGAAGCUGCGAGGGUGAGCCCUGGUCUGCAGGGGGACAGUAAAGCUCCUGUGCCUCAGGUGGUGGCAGAGGAGGAGGAGGAUGUUUCAGGCCCCUGGGAACCGGAGCACUCUGGGAAAGGGAGCCCGGGGUCGGGACCAGAGGCUGAUGGCUCCAGCGGGCAAGGGAGGCAGGAGCCAGUCAGCUCCACAGUCUGCGGGGAGCAGGAGGAGGAGGAGGAGGAAGAAGAGGAAGAGGGGAGCUGCUACAGUGAGGAAGGGGAGGAUGGCAGCAACAUCUACUUCUAUUACACCAUUGGAGAGCGCUGGAUAGACUACCUGCAGCGGACAGAGGACGGUGGCCUCCUCCGUCACAUGCGGCCCAAGAUGAAGCGGAAAUCGGAGAACGGCCUGGAUGGCAGGGCGCUUUCCCCUGGUAAAAAGCUGUGCAAGGGCUCUGAGUACAGCAGGACACUGGGACCCUGCAUGCCCAGUCCCACCACCACCUUUGGGGACCUGCGCAACGCCAAGGCAGGCCAGGCUCGGCGCCGCCGCAUCCCCUCGGUCGCCCCUCCACCAGAGCUGCAGGACUGGCUCCGCACCUUCCAGCGGUGGAGUGGCCCAGAGAAGCUGCUUGCUCUGGAUGAGCUCAUUGACCGCUGCGAGCCCUCCCAAAUCAAGUACAUGAUGCAGGUCAUUGAACCCCAGUUCCAGAGAGACUUCAUUUCCCUGCUGCCCAAGGAGCUGGCACUCUACGUCCUCUCGUUCCUGGAGCCUCGGGACCUGCUCCGUGCUGCCCAGACCUGUCGCUACUGGAGGGUCUUGGCUGAAGAUAACCUGCUUUGGAGAGAGAAAUGCCGCGAAGAAGGCAUUGAGGAGCCCUUGAACCUGCGGAAGCGGCGCCUGCUGAGUCCUGGGUUCAUGUACAGCCCCUGGAAAUUUGCCUUCAUGCGGCAGCACAAAAUUGACAUGAACUGGCGCAGCGGGGAGCUUAAAGCCCCCAAGGUGUUGAAGGGACACGAUGACCACGUCAUUACCUGCCUGCAGUUCUGUGGCAACCGGAUAGUCAGUGGCUCAGAUGACAACACGCUCAAAGUGUGGUCCGCUGUCACUGGAGAGUGUGUGCAGACGCUGGUUGGCCACACAGGGGGUGUGUGGUCUUCCCAGAUGAGGGACAGCAUUGUCAUCAGCGGCUCCACAGACCGGACACUCAAAGUGUGGAAUGCAGACACGGGUGAAUGCGUGCACACGCUGUACGGGCACACGUCCACAGUGCGCUGCAUGCACUUGCAUGGGAACAGGGUUGUGAGUGGCUCGCGGGACGCCACUCUGCGCCUCUGGGACAUCGAGACGGGGCAGUGUCUGCAUGUGCUGAUGGGGCACGUGGCUGCCGUGCGCUGCGUGCAGUACGAUGGGCACAAAGUGGUGAGCGGUGCCUAUGACUACACGGUGAAAGUGUGGGACCCUGAGAGCGAGAGCUGCACCCACACACUGCAGGGACACACGAACCGCGUCUACUCCUUGCAGUUUGAUGGGACACACAUCGUGAGUGGCUCUCUGGACACAUCGAUUCGAGUGUGGGACGUAGAAAGUGGAAACUGCCUACACACCCUCAUGGGGCACCAGUCGCUCACGAGUGGCAUGGAGUUACGUGACAACAUCCUUGUGUCUGGGAAUGCUGACUCCACGGUCAAGAUCUGGGACAUCAAGACGGGCCAGUGCCUGCAGACACUGCAGGGGCCCAGCAAGCACCAGAGUGCUGUGACCUGCCUACAGUUCAGCUCCAAGUUUGUGGUGACCAGCUCAGACGAUGGUACCGUCAAGCUCUGGGACCUCAAGACGGGCGAGUUUGUGCGCAACCUGGUUGCACUGGAGAGUGGGGGCAGUGGGGGCGUAGUGUGGCGCAUCCGUGCCUCCAACACCAAGCUCGUGUGUGCGGUGGGCAGCCGCAAUGGCACGGAGGAGACCAAGCUGCUGGUGCUGGACUUCGAUGUGGACCUGAAAUGAACCUGGCCAGUCCAGGCUGGGAUGGAGGAUCCCGCGGGCUGGGCGUAGCAGCUAGUCUUGGUGGGGCUGGCCCCAGAGCAGGCGCUAGCCCCCCGCGGGCUGUAAAUACCGUUGCAGCUGUCUGGGCCUUAUUUAUAUAUGUGUGAACUCCCUGUGGGGAGCCUGUGCCCAGCUGGGGCACUGUACAGAGGAAGCAGCAUGUUUUGUACACACUAAUAUAUCGAUUUAUUUCUGUACCUGGGGCCGCCUUCUCCACUGCUGCUGUUCCCUGAGCCCUUCCUCCCUGGAGCUUGUCUUUUCUGGGGGAGCGGUCGGUGGCUGCAGCCCAUCCUGUUUGACUCCAGGCGGAAGUAGGGAGGGCACAGGCUUUCCUCAAGUCACUCACCUCGGGGACCAGCUCUCUUCCUGCAGAGACAUGCCCUUGUCUGCUGGAGUGCCCUCUGCCUGGAGUCCCACAGUCUGUGGGCUCCAGCUUCUUUACUCUGGGCACGGUAGCGGGCUGGCAGCGUGCAUGAGGUGCUGAGCACACAGCGCUGGGGAGACCUGGCAGGGCAGCACCACAGGUAGCACAGCCUGACGGCCAGCCAGGCGUGUGGGCUCGCAAAGCUGUCCUAGGG